AUUCAUUCUUAUUGAAAUUUUCUGUUAGUCCCCUCAUUCUUUCUAUCAUCUUUGUCUCUCUAAAAACCAAACAAUGACAAGCAAGAGAAAAGGGAAUUGGACAGUGGCGGAAGAUAAGAACUUAUGCAGUUCUUGGGCGAUGAUAUCGGAAGAUGGAGCUGUGGGUGUCAAUCAAAGGGAUGCAAGGUUCUGUGAUAGAGUGGCGGCGCAAUUUCGAUCGAACGAUCGAAACACAUCUCGUACUAUCAAAAGCAUGGCUAAUUGAAUGGGCACAAUCACCAAAUACUGCAAGUGUUGGAAUUCAGCUAUCCAAAGGGUAGAGAGGAAUCAACCAAGUGGCACGAAUCAAAUGGAUGUGGUAUGAAUUCUCCGUCACCAUCAUUGUUAUUUUUUACCUCGUUCAUUAGUACGUGUGUUCUAUUUUCUAACUCCUUUUCCAUCUCAUUCAUUUAUACGUAUAGGAGCAUAUGGCAGAACAACUCUAUUGAAGCGAGACCGGAGAAAAGGGGUGGAAUUUUGGUCAUUGUUGGUGGAUCUUGAAAAGAUGCCAAAAAUUUCAUACCGUGAUAAUAAUGCCAACUUCAAAUCAAAGCCACAUGAGUCAAUGUUCUGAUGGUUCUCCCAUUGGUAUUGGUUAUCAAUCAACACCACAGACAGACCUCAAUAACACAGAAGGAGACGAAGAAACUCCACCAUUCGUCGGAGAAACUCCACCGUUCGUCGAAGAAACUCCACCAUUCGCCAUAUCUCGCCCUGCUGGACGCGACAAACAGAAGGCAGCUAAGAAGAAAGGAAAGGGGGUUGUCGAGUCAUCAGAGAGCUAAAUUGCUCAAUUGUUGGAGUAUGGAAGUGAGUUGAAGGAGAUGCAUGCUUUGAGGACUGAGUAUGAGCGAAGAAGGAUGGAAUUCCAAGAACAAAAAUCAAAGCGUGACCAAGAAAAGUGGGAAGUUGAGAAAAAAGAGAGGGAAGCAGUACUAUUUCGGAACAAUCUUGAUCUUAUUGAAAAGGACUUGUCGAAGUUGACACCAAGAAAGAGUAAGUUUUACAAAAAUCAUCAAAACAUGCUCCUAGGGUAUGAUCAAUAUGAUCCCAACUCUGUUCCCGACUAUUCAUCCAACGCAAGUCAAACUGGAGGUGGAGAUGGAAAUGGAGGAGGAGAUGAAGGUGGAGGAGAUUACGGGAAUUACUAUUCCCUUCUGGGUGAUUAUUGACAUGUUAUGUGUUUCUUUUUUAUCAUUUCAAGUGUUGUGUGUUAUUUUUAAACUUUAUGAUUAGCAAGUGUUGUGUGUAAUAUUUAAGCUUUAUGAUUAGCAAGUGUUGUGUGUAACCUAUGAAUUAUACAAUUUGAAUUAUUAUGUCAACUCAUUAAGCUUUAUCAUUUUUAAGUGUUGUGUGUAAACCCAAAUUAGGUCCAUAAUUUUUCACUAAAAAAUUCGGUCUCAAAAUUUAACAAAAUUCUAUCGAAAAUUUUGUAUUUAAAAAUGAUGACGAACUAUACAAAAAUUAACAUGAACAAAUUAUAUUAAAGUUUUGAUAAGUAUAUUUUUAAAUAAAUGGAAAAACUGGAAAUAUUAAGAACCCCAAAUAUGGAGUUUGUUGCAUUGGAGCAAAAGAAGGGAAAAUGGGGUUCAAUCCCCAAAUUUGGGGUUUUGCAUUGGACUUGGCCUGAGAGCUGGAGUCUCCCAUUCCUACCUGAGCGAUCAACUCCGGUCUCAUCUAUGAGACAACAACAUCGAAUACGGAACAUCCAUGUCGUGUCCUCACAUGUCAGGCACCACGACCAACAUCAAGGAUGUUCAUCCUGAUUUCACUCCAUCUGCCAUUGAAUCCGCGACUUGAAAAUCAGGGUUUUGAAAUUCGAACUGGGUUGGUCAAUUUAAACGAUAAAAUUGGUGACCGGUCACCAACCUGAUCUAGUUGGUAUAUUUAACCAUUUGAUAAGAAUUGUCUGGUCGGAUGUCUAUUCAAACGGCUAACCACGAGCAUAAAAUUUGAUAUCAUCAUUUGUGAAUUGUAACGGUGAAAUUUUUGCAACAAAUUUUGCCACUAUAAUUGGUGUUAAUUUCAUCCAAGAUUCCUUUGAAGGACUUUGUAUAAUUUUAACAAAUUAACACUAAUUACGAAUUUGAAUUUGAUAAUACUUUCGUAUGCUUGGUUUCGUGAGUUAAUUUGGGUUGUUUAUUAUAACUUUUAGUGAUAGGUACAAUGGCUUUGAAUUGUUUACAGUAGAUGACAAAUUCAAUCUUCAGUUAGUGCAUUGUAUAUUUAGUAUUUAUUGUAUUCCACAGAUACAAACGGGUUCUAUAAAUAGUUAAAGGUUCU